AUGUUUGCACCAUCAUAUAAUCCCCAUGUGGACCCGUCAACAUGCCAAGGACCCUACGAUCCAUCCGAUGAUACCACUAAACUGGCCGGCUGGAGAUAUGGAUCGAUGACUCCGCCAGAGGCUCCUUCGCGUUGGUAUAAUCUAAUUAUUCCAGAGUCGGCAAGACGAAUAAUUCUAGGUUCUACAGAAUGGAUCGAGGAUGUUGAGGAUAUCCAGCCAAAUAACAACGGAGAACUGAAUAAGGAAGAGAAAGAGGAGGAGGAGGAGAGGGAGAAGGAAGAGACACCUUCUUGGAGAUAUGGGUCAAUCACGCCGCCAAAUAGAUGGUAUGAUCGGUUUGUUCCAAAGUCGAUAAAACGGACACAGGUAUCGAAAAACUUGGAAGCUAACAAAUCAAAGGAGAUGGAAGCACAGAUUGAGAGUGAGCGCGAGGCUGAGAUUGAGAGAAGAGAAUUCCUAAAGAAGGAAUAUGGCGACGUCGACUGUGGGCACUGCUCUGCAUCUGGAGAGUGGACUGAGCGAGGAACAUGUAUGUGCACCUUAACCUGGAGGCUCCCCGGCAGGUUCCCUCGAUCUUUCUGCGAAACAAUUUGUGAUGGAAUCGUCGUUCGCACUGGCAUGGAAGUACCCCCAGUGGAGUCACCUCCUGUUGAAUCGCCAAAAGAGGAAGAGCGAUCGCCAGAGCCAUGUUGGGAAGUUAAGCCCGACCCUUCGGAGCCAGAGACAAGAUUAUGUUGGGUGAAGCAGUAUAAUCCUCGAUCACAGCGGUACGAAUAUGUCGCGAAGCCGUGGCGACCGCCUGAGGAGGGCGACGAAUCCGAAGAUGAAGCACACGAUUACUGUCAUGAAACCCUCGGACAGAAUGGGAUGUACAGAUAUGAAAAUCGACCUGAACAUGAAUAUGUUCCUGGUUCUUCGACUCCUCGAAGAGUUAGAGAAGAAGUCCAGAGUCCUUUCUCCUGCGGUAGGAAGCCGCCCUGGCUCCAGCAUGUCCGCAGAUUCGUUCGAGCCGAAGAACUCGAUAGCCCCCCUCCUCCUGCUUCGCAGUUUAUAAGUAAAAAUGGAACCAUCUUAGGAAAAUUCUCGGAAGGAUAUUUCAAGAUCCCAUACUACGAUCCGGAAUGUCGAAAAUUUCGGUAUGCAGAACCGCGUACAAUUGAUAUGAGAAACCUCAAAUUAGAUUUUACAUCGACCGCCCCGCCCCCGAAGCCAGUGGCCCCUCGAAGACCGAAAAUGCUACCAAAGAGACCAUUGGUUAUGGCGCAGAGGAAGGAACCCGUGCAGAUACGGGUGCCAAAAUAUGACCCGACUCCCAGGUAUGAGCCCCCACCGAUCCGAGUACCAGUAAGGCCGAAGCCGAAGCCGAAGUCGACGCCAAAGCCUCGUAUCGAAAAUCCGUAUCAUUCGCCACGGUUCGUGGCAUUCCCACCAAGUUCAAAAAAUUAUCAAAAUGAUACACCUUGCCCACCUCCCAGGAAACCUAAGGUAACACUGAAGGACGACGACAAAGAAUAUCAGCCAACCGGGGGUGAAGAAUCCGAGGAACGAGAAGUCGAAAGCCCAUCACGUCCCCGCGUGCCGAAGAAAACAGUAAAGAAGAAAAGAAGAAAUUCUGAUCCGACGUAUAAACAACAUGGUGUGCGCGAAAACAACAAAAUCGAGAAAAGCGAUCUCCAACAAAUGAAGAAUGAAGAGGUAGUCAACGGCGGGCAAUCGAAGGAGAAGCCGUCGGCGCCCCGCCCUGUGAAACCAAAGCCAGACUUCAAGCCGAAAUCAAUCCUGAAGAACGGCAAGAGGGAGAAUACCAAGCCAAUCCUUAGCAAGAAUAAAUGGCAUAAUGUAGGGGAAGUCCCGUCCAAAGUUUCGAAAUCAAAAGAAAAAACGGGGAGGUCACAGCAGAAUAAUUUAUCCCACCCAAAGACACCAGCUCCAAAGGAGAAAGCAAGCAAGGACGGUGAAUAUAUUCCAGUUCGAGAUCGUGAGGAAGAGAGGCGAGAGCGACUCGAUAUCUUGGAUAUGAAAAACCGGGUUGAUAAGGAAGUCGAAAAGGAAACUAGGUCUGAGGGUGGCUCUGACUCCGAGCAGAGUGAUAAUAAAGGUGAAUCUUCAAACCUUGUAAAACCUCAAAAGAAGACAGUGCGAAGGCGGAAAGCUCCCGAAGAUCGUGCCUAUAAACCAGGACGUCGUGUAUAG